CACUUGCCAUCGGAGCUUCACUCUAGGGCCAAGCGCGGCAGUCCGGACACCAUGUCUGUGCGUUUUUCUCCUGCAUCCAGACGCCUCGGUUCUUGCGGGGGAGCAGGCUCUGGGCGGCUCUCCAGCGGGGGAGCGGGCUUUGGCGUUGGCAGCGCAUGCGGCGUGCCAGGCUUUGGAAGCAAUUUCUCGUGCGCCUUUGGGGGCAGCUCAUCGGCUGGAGGCUAUGGCGCGGGGCUGGGCGGAGGAAGUGCUUCCUGUGCUGCCUUCACCGGGAAUGAACACGGCCUCCUUUCCGGCAACGAGAAGGUGACCAUGCAGAACCUCAAUGACCGCCUGGCCUCCUACCUGGACAACGUGCGCGCCCUGGAGGAGGCCAACGCCGACCUGGAGCAGAAGAUCAAGGGCUGGUAUGAGAAAUUUGGACCCGGUUCUUGCCGCGGUCUUGAUCACGACUACAGUAGAUACUUCCCGAUAAUUGACGACCUUAGGAACCAGAUAAUUUCUGCAACGACAAGUAAUGCCAGCAUUGUCCUGCAAAAUGAUAAUGCAAGACUCACAGCUGAUGACUUCAGACUAAAGUUUGAAAACGAACAGGCCCUCCACCAGGGCGUUGACGCGGACAUCAGCGGUCUGCGCCGGGUGCUGGACGAGCUGACCCUGUGCAGGACCGACUUAGAGAUUCAGCUGGAGACCCUGAGCGAGGAGCUGGCUUACCUCAAGAAGAAUCACGAGGAGGAAAUGAAGGCGCUGCAGUGCGCAGCAGGAGGCAACGUGAACGUGGAGAUGAACGCGGCGCCCGGUGUGGACCUCACGGUUCUGCUGAACAACAUGCGGGCGGAGUACGAAGCCCUGGCCGAGCAGAACCGCAGGGAUGCGGAAGCCUGGUUCAAUGAAAAGAGCGCUUCGCUGCAGCAGCAGAUUUCUGACGAUGCUGGCGCCACCACUUCAGCUCGAAAUGAACUGACUGAGAUGAAACGGACUCUUCAAACUCUGGAGAUUGAAUUUCAGUCCCUCUUAGCGAUGAAACACUCCCUGGAGUGCUCCUUGAGCGAGACGGAGGGCAACUACUGUGCGCAGCUGGCCCAGAUCCAGGCUCAGAUCGGGGCCCUGGAGGAGCAGCUGCACCAGGUCAGGACUGAGACCGAGGGCCAGAAACUGGAGUACGAGCAGCUCCUGGACAUCAAGGUCCACCUGGAAAAAGAAAUUGAGACCUACUGCCUCCUGAUAGAUGGAGAGGAUGGCUCUUGCGUUAAAUCAAAAGGCUAUGGAGGACCAGGAAAUCAGAUAAAAGAUUCCUCCAAAACCAUCAUGGUUAAAACAAUUGUUGAAGAAAUAGAUCCUCGUGGCAAAGCUCUCGCAUCUAGAGUCCACGGUAUGGAAGAGAAGUCCACCAAAGCCAGCACCAUGAAGAGCGAACCACGGGUGCCUUCCUGAGCCCCAAUAGGAUGAAAAUAUCAAAUCAAAGCUAGCUUCCUAAAUAAGGCCCUCUUGUCUUUCCGCUUUUCUUACAAUUAACUAAAACAAAUUAUUUUUAGAGUAGUAACAACAUUUCUUUGGCUUUCUCUGUGGUGGUGUUUCAAUAAAAGUUCUUCCUGUUGCAAGCCA